AUGGCGCAUAUUGUUCUGGAAGCGUCGUUCGCGUCAGAUCAGAGCCGCGACACUACUUUAUUUUGUAAAUGUCAUGCACACAUCAACAACUGGGUGGAAAAACAGACACGAGAUAAAAUCGAAAAUUUGGUUCGCACGGAGAACGUCGGUGAUGAUACACGUUUGAUGCUUAUCAAUGCUGUUUACUUCAAUGGGAUUUGGAAAAACAGUUCAGUGGACAUGAUGGCCAUGAUGGAGCAGUUCUCUUAUUAUGAAGAUAAGGAUGUGCAGGUGCUUGGGAUGCCCUACGGCGGUGGUCAAACACAAAUGCUCAUCAUUCUCCCGCAACGACGUUUCGGACUAGCUGGUGUCGAGCAAAAGCUUACUGGAAAGCAGUUGUUGUCCUACGUACAGCAAACUUAUGUUACCGAAGUUGAAGUCGAAUUGCCGAGAUUCAAGCUGGAAAAGAGGCUUGAAUUGGUGCGUGCACUGCAGAAACUGGAGGGAUCAGUGAAGAGCCAAUGA